AUGGUGUCAAUUGAAGAUAGUGACACUGUUAGUGAAUACGGAGAGAGUGACGAUGCAUCUGAAAAAUCAGACAACGACAUGGAAGUUCCUGAGGAUGAUGACUUUGAGUCACUCUCCCAGGAGGAACUCAUUAAAGAGAUUCCCCAUUUUGUGCGCACGGGUAGCAAUGUAUCUGAAUGGAUGGCCUCUGGCACUACUGCUGGUGUUCCUCAAGUUGAUGUUGCUGACAAAGCCUCUGAUGGUCAUUCCAAGCCAUAUUACCAUGAAGCAACAGCCGUCACCAAACACCAGCCAGACAAGAAGAAAGACAAGAAGAAAAAGAGCAAGCUAGAAGAACGACAAGACCUUGAGAGACCUAAAUUUGUGGAGACUGUGGUGCCGCCGCGGCCAGCUUCAGAUGUCACUCAUGUGUCAGCUUCUGAGUCUGAUCAUUCUUUUACAUGGCCCAUAUUCACAGAUCUAGUCUACUCAGCAGACGGCUCUAUCAACCUCAAGGCUCAAAACACCUGGAUACAGAAUGUGUUGAAGGCCGCCAUGUUCGAACUCAAGAAAGCCUCUCUCUUCGACAACGCAUUCCCCAACAUCACUCAGAAGAUGAAGCACGACUUUGAUUACGCACUGGCUCUGGCUGGGAUCCCGGAGGGACGAAUGAGCUCCUUCCGCACCAAUCUCAAGAAGCUCGCACAUCAAAUUGUUGUAUCACAUUUUGGACUCCAGAAAGGCUGCGCUGACAAGGUAGAAGACCUUCUUAAAAGUCACAAGUAUAUUUUUCCAACCGAUGCCAAGGGUAAGGUCCUUGGGGACCAACCGUUUUGUGAUGAGGCUACCAUUGACAUCAUCCGAUUGUCAUUCUUUGAUGGCGGCGAGGACUCAUUUGGCAAUGGAAACAAUGAGCCAGAGCUACCGGUGGCUAUGAUUUAUGCGAUAUUGAAGGAUUGGAGUAGUGGCAACCCGCCUUCAAAUGCGCAAGUCAAAUCAUUCAAUGCCUCCUCCCACGUCGGUGUUUACAAGGCUCACCAAGCGACUCUCAACCGCAUCUUCAAUGGUAGUAUAAAGAAGUACCAUGCACUGAUGGCACGGCUUUACAAGGCAGUCAGUGCAAUCGAGAACUCGGCAUCCACUGCCUCAUCAAGCACUUGCGACUAUCUCGAUCUCGAUGCAAUGGUCGAAGAAUAA